CUCUCGCCAUGGCUGCUGAGAACGAGCGGGAACCCGCUGCCCGUGGCCGUGGCCGAGGUGGGCGCGGUGGCCGGGCUGGUCGAGGCCGAGGCGGCAGAGGUGCUUCCAACAACGCUGCGGCAGGCGUCGCCAAAGCAGCAAACAACAAGUCUGGCCGCGGCGGCACUCGCAGAGGCCGAGCCAAGAGCUUCGCCGACUCUCGCGUUCAGGCCGCGUAUGAACGCCAGAGAGAUCUCAAGGCCACCUACCAGACCGUCUCGUAUGCCAUCAAGAACGCCCUGCAGGAGCUGGCCGACCGGUCCAUCGACGAGGUCCUGCGCAACUUCGACCUCGAUGAGUAUGAGGCGACCGGCGAGCUUCAGCAACGCCUGGAGCAGAAGCUUGCCCUGUUUGAACGCCAGUUGCAAGCCAAGACGCAACUCGCCAAAGAGACUUACGACUCCGCGAUCUAUGUCACGGAGCAGGAAUUCGAGCUUGGUUUUGAAGACCUUGCAGACCGGUUCAUUGAUGGCCAGUUGAACCGUGUUCGCAUCAUUGGUGCGCUUCGCUCAAAGGAUCUCCCAAUCGACAUAUCCGAUGACCAGUAUGAGUACAAGGUCAUCUCUGAUGAGCAUUUCGACAAAGAGUUUGGCAUCUAUGAAUCCUACAAGGACGGUUACCUUGUCCCUUAUCCCUCGCGGGUCGAGGGCACUGAGAUGUGGCAAAGAGCCCGCGAUGCCGAAGCUGCCACCGCCGCUGCGGCUGCUGCUGCUGCCGCUUCUUCUGGUACUCGAGGAGGAAGGGGCGGACGUGCCCGGGGUGGUGUCAAGCGUCGCGCCCAAGACCAGCCCGAGGGCCAGCCCACCGUCAAGAAGACGACUCGCAGCAACUUUGAAAGCCAGCCCCUGCCCACCACCCCCAUCACGCCCGCCAAGGGACUUUUGGCUACGGAGAUUGAAUCUCACACCGAUGGAGCUCCCGUGGAGGAGGAUUCUGGUCCCGUCACUCCCGAGCCCGUCAUUGCUUCCAAUGGCGUUACCCCUGUUGUUGUCGCCAGAUCCGAUAGCAAGCUCGGCGCUCAUGAAAGAAGCCCUCCCCUGCCCAAGAACAUCUCGGAUGCUGACGAGUACGGCUGCCGCAUGUACAACCAGAGACCGUCGGCGAAGGAGAGGGGCGCUAACAGCCGCCUCCUCGUUCCGCGACUCUUCACCUUUGAGGACUAUGAGAUUGGCUUCCGUGACAGCACCAACGACUCUUCCAAGGGACACACGCACGCCAAGCGAGGCAAAUACCUCGAUACCCCGGACAGCAACGGCAUGCAUUUUGACUACUGGUGCAAUGGCUACGACUAUUCCAACACCACUCCGUCCGACUUUGAUCGGGAGCUCGUCAAGAAGCAUGGCCUCCACCCCCGCUUCGGCGUCUUCCUGCCUACCAGCACCAACGAGCAGGAGCCGACCAAGCCGUACGUCAUGCCGGGAAAGCCGGUGGUGUUCAUCGCUGAGCCUUCGGGCCGCAUCUCCCACGCCUCCCGCUCCUUCCAGCGGACGGUUAAUGAUCGUCGCGUGGUUGACGAGCCGGUGAGGGUGAAGAUGAAUGCCGCGAUGCGGCGUUUCUGCAAGCUGCAAGACAUCCCCCUCGACGAUGUCGCCGUCACCGAGUACCUGCCCACCGAGGAGGAGCUUCGCAGCCGAUCCCUGGGCACGGCCGCCAAGGAGCUCGAGUCCAUCCCCGAGGCCGUCGAGACCUCGCCCGAGACAGAUGAGCAGGUCUCCACAGAGGAAGAGCCCACGGAGCCGCCCCAGCAGGGUGGCCUUGCCGCCAUGUCCGUCCUUACUUAUGCGACCGCCUUUGUCGAGGCCGAGCUGAACACGCGAGCUGCGCCGCCGCCUGCCCCAAAGGCCACAAGAUAUGAUGCCAUUAGAGAUGUCUUCACGGAUUCGAAACCUGCCCCAGCGCCUGCUGCUGCCGAGACAAACAGCCUCAACCUCAACUUCCUGGCUGAGCUGUGCAACGUCGAGACUCGCCUGCAAGAGCCCGAGGGCUCUAUCGUCAAGACGCGGGCACCUCACGUGGCCGUGCCAGAGGCAGAAUCCGAGAUGAGGGUCCAUCGCGAGGACGUGCCACCCGUUGCUCCUCCGAUGAGCCAAGUCCCCAUCAACGCGCAGCAUGCCCCCCUUGAGCCUGCUCAGGAGCAGCACCAGGCGUACUACUCCUACAACGGCUACGCCGUGCCUGAGCCUCCUCGAGACGUGCCCAUGGGGGCUAUCCGACCGAUCGACCCUCUCUACGCAGGUGGCCGUAUGGCACACUAUGGCCCUGAAGGUACCAUGCUCGCCCCAGCGUCGGCGCCUGUGCAGGCUCCCCCUCCUCCAGUACCCGCCGCGGGUUAUGCUCAUUACUGGUCUCAGCAGGCUCCUCCCCCUCCGCCGGCCGCUCUAGCUCCCGCUCCCGCUCCGUCGCCGGCUGCGGUUCAAGCACAGGCUCCCCCGGCUCCGGGGCCCGGCACGCCAUACUCUCAUGGCUACUGGUCACAGCAGCCCCCGCCUCCAGGCGCUCAGCUUCCCCCGCCAUCUCCAGCUAUGGCACAGGCACAGGGUCCGCCGCCGCCGCAACAGCAGCAGCAGCACCCGCAGCACCAGCAGCAGCAGCACCCGCAGCACCAGCAGCAUUACCCGCAGCCUCCUCCACCUAGGAUGCCCUUCUCUGCCGAACCACUGCCGCCGCAGCCACUGCCACCUCUCCGACCGCCUCGAGGUCGUUCACAGCCUGUCCAAGAUGACAUGCUGCGUGACCCUAUGAUGAGGCCGGCUCCUCAUGGCAUGAACAACUACUAUCCACCUGGCCCCCCUCGACCCUAUCAUUACCCAACUCCUGAGCCCCUGGCCCCUAUGCCGCCACUCGCACAGGAAAGGAUCCUGCCCGCCCCCCAGCCACAGCAAUCCUACAUGGGACCGUCCGGCCCUGGCUACGCGCCUCAGAUGCCUUCGCCGACCUUUGGCCACCCCCAGCCAAUGUCUGGUCCCAUGGGACAGAGCCCUCCCGGGACACCCCAGGGGGUCCCCGGCUCGAUGCACCGCCAUCGUUCCACGCCCUCGGGCUCCUCCGAUGCUGGAACCGGCAAAUAUCGCAAACUACAGCCCGCCCCAGUGCCCGCUCACCGAACAUGGUCAAGCAAGCCGGAGCUAAAGACCAUUCCUUAUGAUCACAAAGAGACAGGAGCAUCGGCCGCCCUUCCGAAGUCUGGUCCCACGCAAAUUAGGGGUUGGAACGCCACGACUUCUCAUCCCACUCCUCCUCAUCCCAACUGGUCUGUUCGCUUUGCGGAACCACACACCAUCCACCUUCCACCGUUAUUCCCACGCGUCACAACUCCAGCUCGGCCGCGCACAAUGGCUGACGACCUGGACCUCUACCCAACUCCCCCAAUUCCGGAUGGGAAUGCCACCGUUUCCGUCGAGCAAGCCGCGGCUCCAGCCGACCCCGCGCCCGCAGGACCCUCUCCUGCCGAGCCAGCUCCUGUUGAUGACCCCGUCUCUGAGAAUGGCACGACGGCGUCACGCCGUCUUCGCCCACGGAGAGCUAAAACGCCCGCCUCUACAACCGCCCCUACCCCUUCACCACAACCAACUACCCCCGGCCGUCGCGCAAGGAAGCCAAGCCGAACGGCAUCAAAGAAGAAGACUGCUCGAAAGGGGGCUGCUCUGGCUUCCAUUCAGGCCCAGCCUCAGCCCCCAGCGGAGGGCGCAUCAUAA